AUGAAUAUGUUGGAUGAUGAAGAUGACCAAAGCUUUCACGCUACGCGUGACGUCUACUCCCAUUUGAGCGAUGUCGAAUGGGAUGCGGUUGAACGAAUGGGUUCAACCAUGGGCAUCCAUGCUGUUAGCGUCAUGCUAGACGCUCUCAAUAGAGAUGCCCAACAUGCUACUAUCGCCAAGUUCAUUCAAAAUGAACUUGACGCAGAACGCGAGAAAGUAGCCUUGCUUCACCAACAAGGUUCUCAACAAGCAGAGUUGUUGAGAGAACAGGGUGCUCAACAGUUUGAACUGUUGAGACAGCAGCAGGCUGCUGCUGGUGGGUCGAUGCAAUUCGCGUCGACCCGAGACUUUGAAAUUGACAUCUCCAAGUAUAGGGGAGUCGAAGAAGACUCCCUCUUGAGAUGGUUCGUCGAAUUUGAUGACGCCAUAAGGGCGCGUCGCAUCGACGACGGGGAUAUGCAAGUUGCAUUUGCCCAGUCAAAUCUGGCAGGACGUGCCAAGACUUGGGCACUUGGGCUAAAGUUGCACGACCCAUAUGCGUUUGGGUCGUUGGAAGUCUUCAAGUCGCGGCUCAGACAAACGUUUGAACCGCCUAGAGAUGAGUUCAGGGCUCGAACCGAACUCUUGAAGCUCAAGCAAGGUAAGCGUGAUGUGCACGAUUACGCUUAA